AGCAGGUUGUUGAAACGUCAGAGUCAAUAAAGAAAAUUCUGUGGCAGUGUUACAUAUUUUUUUUCUUUCGGCUUCGUUUUCGUUCUUUUCCUCAGCCAUAACGAAACACAAAAUACAAUCACGCGGAUCAGACAGACGACGACAUCGAAAUCGGGAACGUGGCUACAACAACCAGCCUUUUUAGUUCCCCCAAUGACGCAGUAUAUCCCCAGUGGAGUAGUCUGAUGCGAUGCUGCUUCUGUUGGCCACCGUAUGCCUGGUCUGCUGGUCCUCCUUCUUCUGGCUGCAAGCCCUCUAUUUGAGCCUGCUGGAAUGUCUCUUUGCCUGGAUUAACCAGGAGCUGGGAAGGUAUACGCGCCGGGAGCAAGCGGCAAGGCGGAGCAGCCAGGAUCUGGAGGAAGCCUUCGAGCCUGGCGCCACGGGCGAUGGUCCCAGCGGUCCCAAUAAGAGCUCGUCGUCAUCGCCGGUUAUCAAGAGCAGGUUGGUCAGGCGAGUUGAGCAGAUGAGCAGCCUGGUCAGCCUGGGCCUGGAACUGAUCCUCGAGGAUGAGGUGACGCCGCACUUUGUGGCCGCCCCGGUGCCACAUGGCCAGUGGAAUCUGCUCACUCGAAACCUGGGCCAGCUGGUGGGCGAGCUCCACUGGCGUCUGCGGCUCGUCUGGCUCCUCGGCUGGCUCACCCGAUACGUGCUGCUGCUGCCCCUGAGGACGCUGGCCGCCUGGGCGAGUCUCUUUCUCACCAGCGUCAUUGCGGCCGUGCUUGGCCAGUUGCCCGAGAGCCAUCUGAAGCAGCUACUGGUGGAGCAAGUCCUGCGUCAGUGCUUCCGCAUCAUGGCCGGCUGUCUGCCCAUCAUCCGGCGAUUCCACAAUCCCGAACAUCGCCCCACCAGGGGCAUCUGUGUGUGCAAUCACACGAGUCCCCUGGACGUCCUGGUGCUCAUGUCCGAUGCCCACUACACGGUGACUGGCCAGAUCCACGACGGCAUUAUCGGAGUGUUCCAGCGUGCCCUCUCCCGCGUCUCACCGCAGAUGUGGUUCGACCGGGGUCAGCUGGGCGAUCGCGAGGCCCUCAAAUUGAUCCUUCGCAGGCACAGCGGCUCUGCAGAUAGGCCACCGAUCCUGCUCUUCCCGGAGGGCACUUGCAUCAACAACACGGCCGUGAUGCAGUUCAGGAAGGGGGCCUUCGCGGUGAGCGACGUUGUCUAUCCGCUGGCCAUCAGCUACGACCGGCGGUUUAGUGAGGCCUUCUGGAACAGCAGCCGGCACUCAAUGCUGCGCUAUAUGUUCAUGCUGGUCAGCUCCUGGUGCACCGCCUGCGACGUCUGGUAUAUGGAGCCGCUCAGGCGGCGUGGCAAUGAGUCGCCAGUGGAGUUCUCCAAUCGCGUGAAGGCUGCAAUCGCAGCUCAGGCGAAUAUCGAUAGCCUGCCCUGGGACGGCAACCUGAAACGAAGGAGUCCGGUGAGGGACUGGCUGUAAGUCCCAGGUACCUCCAAGCAUCCUCAGAACGUGAGCCGCACAAAGAUAUAUAUUUAUAUAUUUAUUAUAUUCAUAGAGCAGCAAAUUUGAUUUGAUUUUUUCUUAAUACCCUUGGCAUUAAAUACAAUUACCA